CCGUUAGCAACAUUUACACAGUCAUCAUAUAUAUAAACUAGCUUCUAAUCCCUAACCCGCCAAAAUGCUAUUACCAGUAUGCGCUUCAAUUUUGGAAGAUGAACUCUCCAAUUUGGAAAAGAAAUUACCAGAAUUUGGAAGAAGAACACAAAUGUUUAUACUUGAAAUUCAUCUAGCUGCUUGCUAGAGAAAGUGUUAAACAAGGGCACAGAAGCUUCCAGGUGCAUCGGCAGCGGAGACGCAAAAAUAUUAUGAAGCAUGAACAUCAACAUUUCAAGAAACGGCAACGGAGGAACCCCACAGGCUUGUUCUGCUUGUAAAUACCAACGUAGGAAGUGCGGUCGAACCUGUAUUCUCGCACCAUAUUUUCCUCACGAACGUCAAAAACAGUUCCUUAACGCCCAUAAAUUAUUCGGUGUCGGUAAAAUCACCAACAUGCUUAAGAAUGUUCCUCUUGAAUCUAGAGACCUAACCAUGUCUACUAUUGUUUAUCAAUCUGAUAUGCGUGCUUUGGAUCCUGUUGGUGGUUGUUAUAGACAUAUUCACAAUCUUCAAUCUCAGAUUGAUUUUUAUACCGCCCAGCUUCAUUUCACUCUUCAACAGAUUGCUAUUUGUAGAGCUGCUGCAGCUUCUUCUUCUUCCCAUCAUCAUCAUCAUCAUUAUGGUGAUAUCGCCGUCGUUCCCGAUGAUAAUAAUAUUAAUAUUAAUAAUAAUAAUCAUGAUGAUGAAGCUAUUAUUAAUCCUCCUAAUUAUCAACAUCAACAUCAACAUCAGCAACAGCAGCAGCAUUUUGUUGGAGAACAGUUGGAUGAUAUGAAUAUGUUUCAACCGCAACCGCAAAUGCAACCGCAGUAUGUUGUUGAUGAUGUCGUCGGUGUCAACCCUAAUUAUGUUCCUUUACAAGAGGAUCUUAACACGUGGGUGAAUUCUAUACCGUUGUCGCCGCCGCUAUCGUUGCAGGAGAAUAAAAAGGAGGUGGAUGAGGUAGAUCAAGAACGGCUUGGCGAUGACCAUUUAAAUGAUGAUCAGAAACCCGGUUUUGACCUAAUCAAUGAAAUGAAUUCGUCGGAUAUCGUCAGAAGUACUAUCGAUCCGAGACACCAGUUAUGAUGAAGCUGUAUUGUGAAUAAGAAAGACAGGGCUGUAAUAAAAGGAGAAGCAGGUGACUCCAUGGAUUGGAAAGGUGCAGCAGCUUUGUUUAUUAUUUUUUUAAGUUAUUAUUAGAAUAGAUUGCAGAAACUUUUUGCUAGUUUUUUUAGACUUAGAAUAGUGUCCAAAUUUCAGAAUAGUAAUUUUUUUGCAUGUGUUUUUUUUGUAAGGCAUAGAGUUCUUUCCUAUUGCUGUUACU